AUGAAACUAGAUAAUAGCCUUGGUGAGGUAAGAGAGGAGACAUUGUUUCACGCAACUUCCGUAAGUAAUGCUAUACGUAUUGCUCACAAAAAUAUCGACUGGCGUUUAACGGGCCGAACAAGAUUUGGGAAAGGUGCUUGGUUUUCACCGAAUGCAGCUUAUGCCAAUAGAUAUGCGGGAAGGAGAGGAGCCUUUAUCAUUGCAAGAGUGCUUGUGAGGAAAAUUGAAGAAACAGGCAUUGAUUACGACCUAGAAAUACCUUCGACAAACGAUUGUGACACUACACUACGGAACGACGGAAACGUUUAUGUUAAAUAUGACGAUAAUACUUUUUACCCGGAAUAUAUUGUUCAUUAUUCCUAA